CGGUUUGAGUCGUAAUGGAUCCAGGAGACGCAGGGUGGAAGUUUUCCCAUGUGCCGGGUUUAUAGACUCUUCCUAAAAGAAAUACGUGUGUUUUAUGAUCGGAAUGUUUAUAGAUCGUAAUAUGUGUGAUUGCUGAAUCAGUGAAAUAGCGAGGAAGCUGGUUUCAAAAAAAAAGAAAAAUGGAUGAACUGGAAUAAUCCAGCUGAGAAGAAGGAUCAUCUCUGGAGAUCUUCGCUGAAGAUCAUCUCUGGAUCUAAACAGCUCACAAUGCGCUUUAACGAGAAGGAGCUGGUGUUCCUGAGCCGCCAGCCGUCAGAGAGAGCAGCUGAGCUGGGCAUGAAGGGACCCAAGAAAGGAGAUGUUAUGAAGAGGAGGCUGGUGAAGCUCAUAGUGAAUUUCCUGUUUUACUUUCGCACCUAUGAGGAGGAGCCGAUCGGGGCUUUACUUCUGGAGCAAUGUAGAGUGGAGAGAGAAGAUGAUCUCACCUUCUCGAUUACUUUCCUAGAUGAGGCAGAGAGGAAGUACCUGUUUGAAUGUAACUCUCGGGAGCAACGUAUCGAAUGGAUGGAUGCUAUUAUAAAAGCCAGCUAUGAGUUUAUGCGCAAGAACCUCUUCUUCUAUCGAUCUGAGAUCCAUCGACUGACUGGCAAGGACCCGUUGGAACAGUAUGGGAUUUCAGACGAGACACGCUUCCAGGUGAGCAACGCGCUCCCUCCACCACCUCCUUAAUGAUGCUCAGCGAGUCUGCGCUUCAUUCUGCUUUGUGCAGAACCUUUUUAUUUCAAACGAAUCGAUUCACUGCUGUCAUUUGUCUCUUUGUUCAGAAUCACAACACGUUUCAUUUUAUUGUCACCUGAAAAGGGUGAAACAGCAACUAUCACUGUGUAUUUUUAAUUAUCAUACCAUGUGGAAUGUGAGCCAGUAGCAGUGUGUUUUAGCUUCACUUGUAUGUCAAAAAAAAACAAAAACCCAUGGACAAAUUUGGUGGUCAGUUCUGUAAACAGAAUCAGUUUGAUCUUUUGUUGAGAGCAUCUGGUAGAUUUCACUUCAUGAAACUGUUUUGUAUGAUGUGACACACAGCAACUUGCACUGAACCACUUAAUGUCAUUAAUGUGACUGUUCGUGGCAUUUUAUUUGGGGUUGGUUUUUUUUGUGCAAUAAAUGAUAAUAAAUUUGAUCAAUCCUAAUAUUC